AUGGCAAUUUUCAUGAAUUUAAUCACACAGCUCUUUCGAAACAUUUUAAGUACAAUAGGAAAUGUGCUACAAAGAACCAGGGGUUUAAGUAAGUGCGGUGAAGACGAGGAGCUUGGGGGAGGUACUAGGCCAUUGCUUGAUUCGGAUGCCUCAUCGACACAUUCUGAUGAUAUCCGAUCGCAAGACAUUGGGCGCCAGCAAUCUCUGCAAAAAUUUGUUUCACGGGACAGCUUGUCAACUCUUCUUCUUCUUGUAACUCCUAAAUCAGGAGAUCUUGAUGUUGAAGCAAUAAAGACCCACAUUACAUCAAGCCCUGAGUCUAUACAUGAUACUGAUCCUAAGGGAAAUAAUACCGUUUUGCACCGAAUUAUUGAAUUUAUCAAAGAAAAUGACGACAGUGUCUCAGAGAAACAUAAGGAACUUUUGGAGUUUCUUGUCAACAAUGGUGCCAGUGUCUAUGCCAAGAACAUUUGUUGUGAAACUCCACUUCAUUUGGCAGCUAGAAAGAACAAGUACAAAACUAUUCAUCUUUUGAUGAGUAAAGGUGCUUCUAUCAACGACCUUAACAAUGUAAACAACACAUGUUUGCACUUAGCUGUUCAAAAUGGAUGUAUAGAAGCCGUUGCGAUUUUACACUGUUAUGCAGACGUCCUUAAUGAAGACCGGGAAAAUAAUGAAGGAUUCACUGCGUUACAGGUAGCUCAACAGGUAGAAUUUAACGACAAUAAAAAGACGAUGGAAAAGAUCUGUGAGAUUCUUCAGUACCCGUUUGAAGAAUAUAGAACGAAGGAGAUGCACAAAGAAUAUCUUAAACAAGAGUCCUCCGACGAGCUUUGGUCUUUGCGGCCAAUGAUGUACACCAUAAAUAACAGCGUUGGCGCUGGUGGAAAUCUGUAUUGUGGAAUAAACCAGAUAAAUAUGCCAGACAAUGCAAUAUUUAGUGCUCCAGUGACUCUGCAGGCAAUUUUGCCUGGUGACAAUAACAGACCAAGUAUCUGUGAAUGAAACUCAAACUGAGACUGUCUUCGUGGAUCGUGGACUGCUUGUGGCCUUGGAUAUCACAUGCAAUGGUUUUAGGUCACGAUCUAAGUGUUGAAGUGUCGUGGUAGCAAUUAUGAACCCCGUAGAACAAUUACUGCAAAUUAGUGUUUUCGCCAGGGCAGAAAUAGUGUCCAAUUUGAAAGACUAAAUAUUCAAACAACCUCUGGGUUCCUGUCCGCAAAGACUUCUUUUUCAUGCUUAACAGAUAACGUCUCUCUUAGCUAUAAAUUCUUUGAUUUAAGGUUGGCAAAUA